GCGGCAAGAGAUAUCUUAAGAGAGUCUUAAAGGAAAUACGGGGAAAGAGAGUUGGAGCCCAGAGACAAGGUUGAAAAAGGAAGAUCUGAACCCAGAGGGUAGGGAGCUAGUUACCCUGAAGGAGGAGCAUCAAGAGAGGGAUAGAGCCUUGAGAGAGGUGGGGACAGUAUGAGAGGUUAGGGGCACUGAGAAAGAGGCACCAAGAGAAAGUUGGAUCCCCAAGGGAGGGGCUCCAGAAAAGGUUUAGGUACUCAAGGGGCCACCAAAGACAGUUGUAGCCCCAAAAUAAGGGUUCUAAAAGAGGUUUAGAGGUCUGAGGUAGGGCAUUAAGAAAGGAGAGAGAGAGAGAGAGAGAGAGAGAGAGAGAGAGAGAGAGAGAGAGAGAGACAGAGAGAGACAGAGAGAGACAGAGACAGAGAGAGACAGAGACAGAGAGAGACAGAGACAGAGAGAGACAGAGACACAGACAGAGAGAGACAGAGGCAGAAGGAGAGAGAGCUCCUUAAAUGAAAUGCACCAAGAGAGGAGGAUUGGAACCCCAAUAGGAAGAGUGAUGAGGCUUGGGAGAGCCUGAACCCUCAGGAAAGAUUGCUAAGAGGAUUGGGACCAAAGAGGAGGACACCAAGAGAAGUGUAGAGCCUUGAGAAAGGCACCAAGAGAUGUUGGGGGCACUGAAGGAAAGGUGCCAAGAGAAAGUUGGAGCCUUGGAGAUGGGGUUCCCAGAGAUUUGGGACACUGAAAGGGGGGCCCAAGAGAGGCUUAGAGCUCUGGGGAAGGGUAGCAGAGAGUCAGAGCUCCUCUGAAAGAGACUGAGAGAGGUUGGCAGAGAUAGUAGGAGCCUUGAAGUACACUAAGAAAUGGUUGUAGCCCUGAGGAAGAGAUGAUAUGGGAGCUGGGAAUCCUGAGGAGAUGGUACUAAGGGUCAACACCAAGAAAAGGUCAGAGCCCUGGGUAAGAAGUCUAGGAGAGAUGUUCAGAACACUGAGGGUAGGGGCCCUAGGGUUAGAGCUCUGAAGUAGGGGUACAAAGAGGGAGCUGCAGCCCUGAAUGGAGGGAGGUGGAAGUCUGGGGAGAAGGGUCUCAGGAAGGGACCUGAACUCAAGAGGGAGAGGAGGAUGCUGAGAGACAGUCAUAAACCCUGACUGAAGUGGUCCUAGAGAGCUUCUGAACACUGAGGGAAGGGUGCCAAGAGAAGGUUGUAACUCUGAAGGAGAGUCUCCAAGAGUCUUGAGAGAAGUGUGUGCAGAGGAGGUUCAUAGGAAGAGAGGGUUGGAACCUCAAGAGAAGUAUACCAAGAGAGAGCUGGAAUGCUGAGGGAAGAGCCUCAAGAGCCCAGAGAUGAGGGCUCCAAGAGGAGAUUUGAUCACUGAAGGAGUCCAAGAUAAUUGGAUCCAUGAGGGAAGGAACUGGGCCCCAGGAGAGAGAGAGAGAGAGUUGGAGCAUUAGGAAGGGAUGGAGGGUCUGAGGGAAGACCAUAAGGUGGGUGACAGUUUUAAGAGGAAGGCGUCAAGAGAGGGUGAGAGACUCUUGGAAAGGCACCAUGUAAGGUUCAGAACCCUGAAGGAGGGUCACAAAGAGAGAGGUUGAUGGGGAAAGAGAGCCAAGAACGGCUCAGAGCCCCCCAAAUCCCAAAAGGUCAGGUACUUUGAGGGAAGCUGGUCAAGAGAUGUUCUGAAGCCCAAGGGAAUGGUAGCAAGAGAGUGAGAAGCCUGUAGGAAGGGUACCAGACGCUGCAUAGAGCUCUGAAGAAAGGGUUCGGAGAGAGGGUCCCAGCACAGAGGGAAGGAGUCAAAGAGGGCUGAAUUCUUUAAGGAGGGGCACAAAGAGAGAGUCAGAAUCCAAGGUAAGGGUGGAGAGAGAGUGGGAGCCAGAGAGAGAGAGAGAGAGAGAGAGAGCUCCAAGAGAGCAAGAGAGGGUUGGGGCUCUGAAGGAAUGGUGCCAAGAGUUGGUGAGAAGCUUGAAAUAAGGGCAGCACUGUGUUCAGAGGCCUGAGGAAAGGGGACCAAGAGAUGGUCAGAGAUGAUCAGAGCCUAGGAGCAGAGCUCCAAUAGAAGGUAGCCUUAGAGCAGAGGCACCCAGAUAGGAGCCCUGAGGGAGGAGCACCAAGAGAGUGCAGGGCCUGAGGAGUGGCAACACUGGAGACUCAGAGCCUUGCAGGAGGAAUGCAUGGUUCACCCGUCUGUUGGAAAUGAUGCCUUCUUUCUUCCUGCUAAUUCUCCUGGGUCUCCCAUGGGUGGAUACAACUGUCAACAAUUCCAGUGGGAUGGACAACAGUACUAGUGGCUUGGGUGAUGACAAAGAACCUAGGAGAAUGUGGGAGACAGAAAUGCAAUGUAAACGAUGCUCAGUAGGCAACCAAUUCACAUGUGACAAUAUCCUUACAUGUCCUUCGCAUGUCAAACGCUGUUUGACAAUUGCUGUACGUGUGAACCUUCGACUGCUCUAUGUCUACAAGGACUGCGCAGAGGAUUGCUCAUUUAUAUAUAAAGAAGAAAUCCCUCCAGUAAACGCUAGACUGCUUAAAAAUGUUAAGAACUUCUACUUUGUCUUAUGCUGUACAGGCUCACUUUGCAAUGAGGGAGGACCCUAUAAUAUAGAGAGGGAUUUGUUACCUGACAGAGCGAUCGAGGAAGAAGAAAUUGCAAGAGCAAUGUCUCUGGGGCGGUUCAACCUUCUCCUUUGCCCUGCCUUAGUCCUCUCCAGCAGCAUACUGAUCUGA